CAAGGCUUCUUUCAAUGGAAAAUAUGAAGCCCCCGUGAUCGCUGCACUUACACAUUCAUGCCUCAUGAUGUCGCUCUUCACUGAGAACUUUUCUUUUGGCAAAGAGUCACUUCCUUCAGAGAACUCGUUGUGAAUUCUUCAGUACUAGGACGUCGUCAAGCCAGUUUUUGCGAGGCAGUUUCAGGUAAGGUAUUCUGUAUACCGUAGCUUUCAUUGCAUCUUUCUGCGUGUACCAUGUUGUUACCCUGGCAAAGAAACCCAGGAUCCCGGUGCCUCCUGCUCUGGCUACUUCUCGCAACCUGGGAGGCCGGGAACAGCCAGCUGCGCUACUCGGUUCCGGAAGAGGCCAAACACGGAACCUUCGUGGGCCGCAUCGCUCAGGACCUGGGGCUGGAGCUGGCAGAGCUGGUGCCCCGCCUUUUCAGGGUGGCGUCCAAGGACCGCGGGGACCUUCUGGAGGUAAAUCUGCAGAAUGGCAUUUUGUUUGUGAAUUCUCGGAUCGACCGGGAGGCGCUGUGCGGGAGGAGCACGGAGUGUAGCAUCCACCUGGAGGUGAUCGUGGACCGGCCGCUGCAGGUGUUCCACGUGGAGGUGGAGGUGAGGGACAUUAAUGACAAUCCGCCUGUGUUUCCCGAAACCAACAAAAGUAUCCUGGUUGCAGAAUCAAGGCCUCCAGAAACUCGAUUUCCACUAGAUGGCGCAUCGGAUGCAGAUAUCGGAGUCAAUUCCGCCUUGACCUACCGAUUGGAUCCCAGUGAUUAUUUCGCUUUGGACACGCAGAACAAUCGUGAGCGAACUUCUUCAUUAUCACUUGUGUUAAAGAAAUCAUUAGACCGAGAAGAAAUUAAGGAGCAUAGAUUACUACUAAUAGCUAGUGACGGAGGCAAACCGGAGCUGACUGGCACAGUUCAGCUGCUGAUCACUGUCCUCGAUGUGAAUGACAAUACUCCAGAGUUUGAUCGGUUCAUUUAUAAAGUUAGAGUGUUAGAGAAUGCAGGUAACGGAACACUGGUGAUUAACUUAAACGCCACAGAUCCAGACGAGGGUACUAAUGGAGAUAUAAUUUAUUCCUUCAGGCGGCCUGUAUCCCCUGCGGUGGGGUAUGCAUUUUAUAUAGAUCCCAGCAGCGGAGAAGUUAGGACGAAAGGCCAACUAGAUUUCGAAGAAAAUAAAUUAUAUGAGAUACCCGUGGAGGCAGUGGACAAAGGGAAUAUCCCAAUGACGGGCCAUUGUACCCUUCUGGUGGAUGUACUAGAUGUAAAUGAUAAUGCCCCAGAGGUCACGAUUACUUCCCUGUCACUCCCAGUCAGAGAAGAUGCCCAGCCAAGCACUGUCAUAGCUCUGGUCAGUAUAUCCGACCGUGACUCUGGUGACAACGGGCGGGUGACCUGCUUCCUGACCCCACAUGUCCCCUUCAAGCUGGUGUCCACUUUCAGGAAUUACUAUUCGCUCGUGCUGGACAGCGCCCUGGACAGAGAGACCACACCUGACUAUAAGGUGGUGGUGACAGCCCGGGAUGGGGAGUGUCCUGAGAAAAACACUUAUUACCACUCAUUUACAAGAAAAUAUCUUUGCCAGGUGUAG